AUGUUGUAUUCUUAUUUUGAGUCCAUAUAUAGAGAUAUGGAAGAAGCAUGAUGAUAAAAGAAAAAGAUUCAAAAAACCUCAAACAUUGGAGCUAACUAAAAAAUUAGUGAACACAACAAGGAUGGCAAAAGUGAUGACACUUCUUGUUCUUCGAAUACUCAUGAAUCUCUUGUUCAUCAGUUGGAUUGCUCUCUGGAUCUUUAAACCCACAACUCUAUGGACACAAUCUUGGCAUCAAGCUGAAGAUACCAUCAAACACACUUUCUUUGGCUAUUACGGUCUCAACUUUGCCGUGUUCUCAUUCCCUCCUAUUGCUCUCUCUAUUAUUGGACUCGUUUACUUGAGUUUACUACCGCAACAUCAUCGUCCAACUAGAGGAGGGAGGAGUGCAUCUAUUCCUGUCUCAAGACCAGCCAUUAUCAAUAGCUUUAUUGGGAUUGUGUCUUGUUUCGAGAUCAUUGCUCUUCUUUUAUUCCUGCUCUUUCUAGCUUGGACUUUCUAUGUCCGUGUCACUAACGACUUCAAGAAGCUGACGCCUGUCAAGAACAUGGAUUUUAACUUAUGGCAACUUAAGUACUAUAGAGUUGCUACAAGGUUUGGUCUAUUAGCUGAAGCAUGUCUCUCUUUGCUUCUUUUCCCUGUCUUGAGGGGACUCUCGAUGUUCCGGUUACUCAACAUUCAGUUUGCAGCUUCUGUAAAAUAUCAUGUGUGGCUUGGGACCGGUUUGAUCUUCUUUUCUUUGGUUCAUGGUGGAAGCACUCUCUUCAUAUGGACUAUUACUCAUCACAUUGAAGAAGAGAUUUGGAAAUGGCAGCGAACGGGUCGGGUGUAUAUAGCUGGACUCAUCAGUCUUAUAGUAGGAUUACUAAUGUGGAUCACAUCACUUCCUCAAGUUAGAAGGAAAAAAUUUGAAGUUUUCUAUUAUACACACCAUUUGUAUAUAGUAUUCCUUGUAGCUUUCUUGUUUCAUGCUGGUGAUCGUCACUUCUACUGGGUCCUCCCUGGAAUCUUUCUCUUUGGACUCGACAAGAUACUUCGGAUUGUUCAAUCACGAUCCGAAAGCUGUAUUCUUUCCGCCCGUCUCUUCUCUUGUAAAGCCAUUGAGCUUGUCUUGCCAAAGGACCCAAGGCUUAGUUAUGCUCCGUCUAGUUUUAUAUUUGUGAACAUUCCGGUGAUCUCGCAGUUUCAGUGGCAUCCCUUUAGUAUUACAUCAAGCUCGAGUGUAGACAAACACACAUUGUCUGUUAUGAUAAAAUGUGAGGGGGAGUGGACAAAUUCAGUUUAUAACAAAGUAGAGGAAGCUGCGAAUUCUGAAAACAAGAUUGCUAUAAGAGUAGAAGGUCCUUAUGGACCGGCCUCAGUAGAUUUCCUAAGGUAUGAUAAUCUGUUUCUUGUGGCUGGAGGAAUCGGGAUCACGCCAUUUCUAAGCAUUUUGCAUGAACUCGCUUGCAAAAACCGACUCAAAGCUCCCAAGAGGGUGCAGCUUGUGUUUGCGGUUAGGACAUUCCAAGACCUUAACAUGUUGCUUCCAAUAUCCUCUAUACUCUUUAACCCAGUCAACAACUUAAGUCUCAAGUUAAAAGUUUAUGUCACUCAAGAAAAGAAGCAUUCUAAUGAAACAAGAACAUUGCAAGAGUUCUUGGCUCAAUCACAAGUUCAGUCUAUUCACUUCGGAACCGAGGAGGACUAUUCAAGAUUCCCAAUCCGUGGACCAGAAAGUUUCAUACGGCUUGCCACAUUAGUCAUUAUAACAAUGCUUACGUUUCUUGGCUUCUUGAUAGGUUUAAGCCAUUUCUUUAUACCUACAGAACACAAGAGUCAGUCACAGUCUAUGAAAUUAGCUACUUCAGGAGCAAUGAAGACAGCUAAAGAAAAGGUUCCUUCAUGGAUUCCAGAUUUGGUCAUCAUUGUCUCUUACGUUAAAGCUAUCACAAUUGGUGGUUUGGCCGCAAGAUUUCUACAAUGGAGACAACAACACAGCAAAGCACCAGGAAUGUCUAAAGAAGUAGAACCAGAGGAAAGAAACUUAACCGAGUUAAUACCAGUUGCUCAAAUUGAGGAACAUGAGAUACAUAUCGGAGAAAGGCCAAAACUUGAAGAGAUGUUGUGGGAGUUUGAGAAGAACUUGAGAGAAUGGUCGAGUAUAGGAGUGUUGGUAUGUGGACCAGAGCCAAUGAAAGAAGCUGUGGCAUCGAUGUGUCGCCAAAGGCCUCAGUGUUUUGGAGUAGAGGAUUCUGGAAAAAGCAACAUGAAGAUCAAUCUUAAUUUCCAUUCUCUUAAUUUCAACCUCUAAUCUAACUUAACAAUUUUGAAGUA